AUGGACUUCAACAGGGAAAGUGAAGUGCGCGAGCUGGAAAGAAGGUUUAACGAUUCAAUAGAACUAUGCGAUAAUUCAUCAAAGGACAGGAAAAAGGCGCGCGAUGCGCAUCCAUUCCGGGUGAAGUAUGAAAGCUCUCGGGAUGAAAAGAUACACAAUGUAGAGCAGGAGCUGUUCCGUUUAAAGGAAAUGCAGAGCAGGGUACUUGGCAUUCAGGAGACAAUCGAGGAGACAAUAGAAAAAGAAGUGAAAAAGUCAAAAGAAAAGGAAAUAAAAGAGCUGAAAAAUAAAUAUAAAGCGAGGCUACUGGAGAUAGAGGCACUGUACAAAGAAAAAGAAAAGGAGAUAAAGCGGGACUACGAGCAGAAAAUGGAAAAGAUCAUACAAAAGUUGAAAGAAAAGGCGAAGGAAACAAUAAAACUGAAAGUUGCCGAGGAGGUGCAGGAGCUAAAGAAGCAUCUAGAAAAAAGAGUACUGGAAGUCAAGCUGCGAGAUAAAGCAGUGAUAGACAAAUUAUCUCAGAUGUAUAUAGACUUAAAAGAAAAGUACAAAAGAGAUGUGCAAAAGAUACACAAUACAGAUGCAUAAAUAAAGAUUUCUAGAAGUAUAAUUGAAUAGAUACAUCUGUGCGCAUAAACCAACCCCCCUACAGCUUUCCUGCUAUAAUAAAAUCAAAAAGUCA